UGUAGGAGUACACGCGCUCCGUAGUCUGUAGUCUGUUGGAUAUAUAUAUACACAAUACAUGAAGUUUAUAUGUUUCCUGCUGUUCUCAACUGUGAAAUAUUGUGCCAAAUAGUAUAUCAAUGAUUUAUAGAAAAUACACGUUUCUGUCUCACGAGUUGUCAGGAUCCAGAAAAUUACAAUGGGUUGACUAGCUACGCUGAAACUGUCAAACGGUAGGAUAGAGACAGUGAAAGAGCAAGUGAAUGCAAAGGAGUGAGAACGCGAGGGUACAGUGGAGUGAAAGUGAAAAGAUCCUUUUUUUUCGAAACAGAAAAGAAAAAGGACAGUGAUAAUUUUUAGGUUCGAUCUACAUUCUAUACAAAUCAUGGAGCCCGAGGAGCCUUUGAUACAAGGAAUUUUAUUAUUUCCUCCACAGGGAAUGCUUGGUCAGCUCAAGAAAACAUGGCAUAAAAGGUAUUGUCAACUUUUCAAUGCUAGCAAGUAUGGAAUCGAACGACUGGAAAUAUAUGAUAAUCAAGAUGAGGCUGUGUUGCACCAACAUUCUCCUCGUAUCAUCACACUGGAAGCUUGCGUUAAGAUUGCACCCAGCAACCAAUCACAUGUUUUCACUGUUGUUACAAAAUCAGGUGUACAUCACUUUGGUUGCUCCUCGGAGACAGAUAUGACCAAUUGGAUUACUGCAUUUCAGUCAGUUGCAUUUAAGGACAAUAUAUCAAAUCAAACUAUAGAGGAAGACAAUGAUCUUUAUUGCACAAGUGGACAUAGUGUAUUUUCUGUAAAAGUCGUUGAAACAAUCGCGUCAAAACGUUGUGGUCUGGAGAAUAAAAGUUAUACGUUAAUCGUGGCAUCUGCAGAUAUGAAACUGAUGGAUGGGGAAGUAUUGUUAUAUACGUGGCCAUAUAGAUAUAUCAGAAAAUACGGUUACAGAGGAGGAAAAUUUACAUUCGAAGCAGGAAGAAAGUGUGAAUCUGGUGAAGGCUCCUUUCGUCUGGAGCACAGUAAUCAGCAGGAAAUAUUCCGCUGCAUUUAUACAAAAAUGAAAUCUAUGAAGAACACAAUGACAUUUCUCAGCUGUGAUAAAAGUCCGAAUAUAGAUUGCAAUGAUCUUCAAUACCAUGCAGCAAUGUCUAUGGAAGCAGGCUCCAGAUCGCCUUUACCACCAUCUCCAAACAGUUCUGCUAAUCUGAUCGAUAUAGACUUUUCAACGAUAUCCCAAAAUUCACAGAAACAUCUAAACUGUUCAUCAUCUAGUUUAGAUUCUGUUUCCUUCAUUAAACCACCACCACCAAUCAUCAAACCAAAACCAACAAAACCACCAAGAAAGCAUAUGAUCACAGCAUUGCUUGAAAAAAAGUCAGGAGAAUCAGAAUUUGCAGACCUAUCAGCAUGCGGUAAAUGCAGAAGACUAAAUUCAUCGACCUCACCUGAACAAUCAACGAAAAGCACCUGGGACACGACUUCUGUGGAAGAGGAUAAACACAGAUACGACCUGGUCGAAGUAAGAAACGCCGCAUGGAAGACUCACGGAAUUGAUCGUGUUCCGCAUAUGGAAAGACCCAAGCCAUUGAGUUCUAGUAACGUCAUUAACGAUGACGAAGGUGACGAUGAAUCUCAAUACGAAACAAUGCCACACUUUACAAUCACCUCGCAAGCUUCAACGAAGAAUAAAGAAACCCUUCUAGAAGGAAUAACCCCGAUCUCUCCUAUUAUACACAAUAACGUAUCCAGCUCGUCUGAUCCACCUAACUACGAUAAAUUGCAGUAUUUUGGCUCUACUCACAAACUGAAUCAUAAUCCUGGAUACAAGACUCCUAAUAUUCAGGGCAGUUCACAAGCUUCUCAAUCUAAUAGUAACACUACAGUUUCGAUCCCUGUUCUCGAGUCUCAUCCUUCCUGGAAUGAUUAUGAUUUUAUUGAUAAUAUGAGUUCCAUUAGACUUGCCGAUGAUAGUCACCUCGGUUAUGGAAUCAUUAGGAAAAAAACGAUGCCUUCCGCCCCUAGCACAUCUUCCACGUCGGCAGACAAUGCUGUGAAACCCAUCCAUAAAGUUUACAACGAAACUGAAUAUGCAAUCGUAUCAAAACCUAAGAAAGUAUAAUUUAAUGAAAAUUGUGUGAUCAUUUGAUAUCACAUAGAUUAAUUACAUUAGGAUAUAUUCCAAUAGUGUGUAGCACAGGAAUCGGACAAUCUUUUUUAGUCGAAAAUUGUGUGAGUCAAUUUGUGACAGAAGAAAUUUUUCUGUUUACGUUCCAAUUAUAUUUCUUUUUUAUUUUUAAACUUAAUUCUCGACUGAUCAAAACUCAGAUCUAGUGCCUUAUUAAUAUUAUACAAUUAUUAAUCUAAUACUAAGUGAUUAGUCAAACCAAAUUUUACAAAAUUUCUAUCAGAUCCUGUGCCUUCCCAAAAUAAUACGGCGUACUUAGUUAUUCCUUGAAUUGAUUACAGGUUUCUAUGUUUAAUUAAUUAAGUAUAGGUAUAUAUACAUACACACACACAAAGAAAUCACAUUAUUUUUUAAGUAUAUAUUUUUUAUUGUUUUUAGUUUUACACUUAAUCAAAGAGUGGUGCAUCACAUACAUAUAGCUUUACGAAUGGUAAAAAAUUCUUAGAGAUACGGUUCCAGGUGUGACCAAAGAAUGACUUCUAAAGUUAUAGCUACAGAAAAGACCAUUGAUCAAUAUUGUCAUAUCAUUCGUUAAAGUGGAUUUCUGUACGAUAUGUCAUAAAAUACGAAAUUCCGUUGAGAGAAUCUUAUUCAUAACAUAAAAUACAGGGCGUGUUGAGCUGUCAAUAUUCUUAUAUUAGCAAUGGUUUUUCCAUGAAUGAUAUAUUUUAAAAAUCAAAGACGUAUUCUAUUAUUAAUAAUAAAUUUAAUAAAAUGAGUCAUAUUCAUUAUCCAAUUGAAAAUAUAACGGAUAUUUUUUAUCGUUAAGUUUACAGUUUUCAAUAUUGACAAUUUUUAUUGCAUAAAACCAGAUGCCAACCAAUAAAUGCAAUGUAUUCUUACAUUUUAUUAUCAAGGAAAUAAAUCUGCUCUAUUAUAUUGUGCCAAUGAACAAGUUUUGCAACGAAUGAAUAACAAUUUUGAAUGAUUUUAUUAUAAUGAUUUCAAUAGUCUUCUGAAAGUGUUUUUGCUUACAAACUUUUUAAUACAGCUUGAGAUCUGUAAUGUUUGUUUGAAUCAGGCAAAUCUUGUUCAACCUCCAGUCGAAUAAAAUAUUACAUCACUUUAGAUUCUUUUAAUAUGUACAACAGAAUGAAUAAAUUUUUUACUAUCCUA